UCUCUUGAAAGUGUCCACAAGGCCCUUUAGGGUCCUCUUCAAUGGUUAAACCCCCUGAUAUCUUCUCAUAGAGAAUAUGUCUUCUCUGUGCCCAUGUGCCCCACCCAGUGACAUCAUUGGAAUGGAGGCCCCUCAGAUGGCAUUACUGUUGCCCAGGUAACACCUCCACCUUAAGGCAGACAGGAAGGACAUAUACCAGCAUCAACUGUAAGUCGCAUGUUCCAGGAAAGGACCCUAGAAGAUAUAACUACCACAGGACAGAGACUGCAGCUAUGGCCAUGGGACUCUUCCGGGUCUGUCUGGUCGUGGUGACGGCCAUCGUUAACCACCCUCUGCUGUUCCCACGGGAGAAUGCCACCAUUCCCGAGAACGAGGAGGAGAUCAUACGCAAGAUGCAGGAGCACCAGGAGAAGCUGCGCCUGGAGCAGCUGCGCCUGGAGGAGGAGGUGUCACGUCUGGAGGCCGAGAAGGAGGCUCUGCGGCAGGUGGAGGAAGAGGAGCAGCAGCAGCUAGAGGCCCACACCGCCUGGGACCUCUGGACCACACUCUGCAUGGUCCUCUUCCUGAUCAUCGAGGUGUUGCGGCAGAACCAUCAGGAGGGCACCUUCCCGGAGUGCCUGGGUGGAGACGAGGACGAGCUGUCGGGACUAGGGGGCACGGUGCUGCAGGGCCUUCCCCUGCCCAACAGGGCCACCCUGGACCACUUCUACGAGCACUGUAUCCGGAGCACCACGGGGGAUGCCACCCGCACCCAGGAGUUUGUGGAAGGUUUUGUGGAUGAUCUGCUGGAAGCCCUGAGGAGCACCUACAACGGGAAAACUGACAUGGAAUUGGAGGACUUCAUCGGUGUGGGCAGCAUGUAUGAGAACUGGCAAGUGGAGAGGCCACUACGGUGCCACCUGUUUAUACCCUUCAUACCCCCAGAGCCCUACAGCUUCCACCCAGAAUUCUGGUGCUCCAGCCUUUCAACGCCCCUGGAACGUCAGGGCUAUGGCCAGAUCAAGGUGACUCUGGCUGACGGGAACCCUCUAGGCUGUGUCUGCGGCAAGGCUAAGCUUGAGGAGGAUAUGUUGUGUCUCCUCUACGGCAAGAAUAGAGGGGCGUGGCCAAGCAGUGCCGGGUGCAGUGAGAUGGAGGGCUUACUGUGUUCCAGAGAGUCCUCCUAUCUCGAUGUCAUGCAGGUCAUGAAGUGGUUCCAGAUGGCCCUCACCAGAGCGUGGCAUCGCAUCGCUCACAAGUAUGAGUUUGACCUUGCCUUUGGAGAGCUGGACACCCCAGGGUCUCUCAAAAUCAAGUUCCGCUCCGGGAAGUCCAUGCCCUUCAUCUUGACUCCUGUGAUCCAGUGUAAUGACUCAGACCUGUACUUCAUCUUACAACUUCCCAAGGAGCCCUGCGGGGGAGGCCCAGCCUCCAGCGCUCACUGGCUCCUGUCCUUUGCUGUCUAUGAGCGACAGUUCCUUCGGAUGACAGGCAAGGCUUUGCCGGAGGGUGCCUGCCACCUCAGCUGUUUGCAGAUCGCCUCCUUCUUGCUCUCCAAGCAGACCCGUCUGACGGGUCCCAGUGGGCUGAGUGACUACCACCUAAAGACUGCCCUGCUCCAUCUCCUGCUGUCCCGGCAAGCCUCUGACUGGAAGGCCAGCAAGCUGGAUGUACGCCUGCAGGACCUCUUCUGCUUCCUGGAGAGGAGCCUGCUGGAGAAGAAACUCUAUCACUUCUUCAUGGGCAACCACAAGGUGCCUGAGACUCUGGGUCUCCCAGAGGUUGUGCGCAGAGCCGAGCCUCUCAAUCUCUUCCGGCCCUUCGUCCUGCAGCGGACUCUUUACCGGAACACAGUGGACUCCUUCUAUGAAAUGCUUAAGAAUGCCCCGGCGCUCAUUAGCGAGUAUUCCCUCCAUGUCCCUUCAGUUCGUGCCAGCCCACCACCAAAAGCUGUCGUCUCGUAGUAGUAUAAGACAUGGGGGUUGAGGAGGGAGAGCCAUCCCGUGUGUCGACCUUCCUGGGCCCUGUGACCUCACACAGGAAACACAGUAGAUCUAGAGGGAGCUGAGGCUCGGUUUCCCAGGAAGCCAGGCCCUACAGAGUGAAGGAAACAAGAGGUACAACUAGACACUGGUUUGCCUUUCCGCCACGGGGGCUUGUUGGUAAAACCAUUGUUUGGGUUUGGGUACCAAUCGUUUGUAGCUUAGUUUUAGAUCACUAUGAACGGCCAAGACAGUGACUGAACAGUCUCUAGGGUACUGAGUUAGAGAGAGCGCAAGCACUGACUAGAAUGCAGUCCUUUCUGUAGCAUAGUCCGUUCUGUGUUCCAUAGCAAAGAGGAGCUACCAGGAUGGUGCUGGGGAUCUGAGACCCAGCACUGCACCCCAGGCACUCCAGGCCCCAGCCAUCUGCAGAUGAAUCUUGAAUGGGGACAGAUGUGGGAAUUCACAGCCUUGGAACCUCAUCGUGCACAGUAAUAGAGGUCCCACAGUGGCUGAGUUGGCUAAAAGAACCUGCCAGAAGGCUAGGGCUCGGUGGCUAAUGUCUCCACUAUAGAGGAGUGGGGCCUUGGUGGUAGAGUGUCUAAAGUUGGCCAGUUUCUCAGGCACACAUCUUACUCAGGUGCAUCCCCUGCCCCUAUACCCUUGUAUCGGGUCCCAAUCACAGUGGGUGCCAUUUACCACACUGGGUACUGGCCCAGAAGCCCCUCUCCUCUCUCCGUUGCUGGUCUUACCAGCCAGCAGUAUGGCAGAAGGACACAGGGACAAGUGCCUGGAUUACACUUCGACCCACUUUGAGGAAAGCUAGAGAUCCCUGGGACAAGGGUUAGGAUAUCUCUAACCCAUCUUCGGGGUCCUGGUCAUAGGGAAGGGUGAGCUUAUAAGCCACAGGCGCUAUGAAAACCCAGCUCUGGUCCUCAGACCCCGAGCAUCUCCCAGUUCCUAAUGCCAAGAGGGCCUCACCCAGUGCCUCCAGUCUUUUCUGCACAGGCCAUGGUGACCUCGUAGCUGACCCAGACUUGAAGAAAGUGGUAGAGGCUGGGCUCACUGGGGAUCUAUAUGAGUCAUUCAAGCGUAGCCUGGUUAACCAAAGGAGCGCUGUGGGUCCCAGACAAGGCCAGAGCCUGAGGCUGGACUCCAGGACCCAACAGCUUCUUCUCCACUUGACUGUCUGUUUGGGAUUUCUUCGCCACAUCUCCUUAGGAACUUUUACAGUGGGCCAAAGAAGAAACGGUAAGGAAGAGGGCCUGCUAGCCUUCCAGAAGUGCAGGCAUCAAAAUCAGGCUUCCCUUCACCCCACACAUGCCUCAUGUUUUUCUCAAAGCUCUCCAGAAGAUAGACGAUUUUGCCACCAAGGUUAAGUGGUGGUGGAGAGGAUCUGCUGGGUGCACAGAAGUCAGAGGCAAUAGGAUGCUUGAGUACCGGCGGUGGGGGUUAAACUGAGCAUGCGUGGUCCUGCCCCUCUGCAGCUCCAAGUGUCACCCUAGCACCCAGUCAUGGAGCCUACUCAAGGUGCAGCUCUGUCAACAGCCCUAAGCCGCCUCACCGGAGAGGUACCUUCCAGAGGGGAGGCAGAUGUCCUCAUUGUCACCUGUGCCUUUCCUGGCUCACUCAUAUCCGGCUGUGCUUCCAGGAGAGCCCGGCAACCAAGAACCAACCUCCAGAAGCCAAGACCCAACCUGGGCCUCCUUCAGCUUCCCCUUCGCUUCCUGGAAAAGAUCACGGGGAAGGCCAUGGGCAGAACAUCAGUGGCUCCUUGUCUGCUGAGCACCGGGCAGGACAGGAGCCUGUCCCACACCAGGGCUGCUUUGGAAGCAGCAAGGCUCUUAGGGGUUCAUGCUGCCUUGUUUGUAUUAAAAGAAGAAUUAAAUUCUUGUAAGGAGUA